AUGAAACAAAACAAUUCAACUGAACAAUUAACAGGAACAAAAACAACAACACAAAUGUUUGCACAAAUUACUGGAUUCACUGUUGAAGAAUUAGAAGAUGCCAUUAUGAUCUUACGAGAGCGUAAAUCGAAAUCUCAAUCAGUCAAUGAUGAUCUAUUACCGAAUUUAUUGGAUCAAAACAAAGAUCCAUUGAAACAACUUAAUGAAGCGGAAGUAUUACAUGCGGAUACAAUUAAUGAAUUAGAGAAAACACGUAAAUUAUUAAGUGUUCAAUAUAAAAUUAAUAAAGAUUAUCAAAUUGAAAUUAAACAAUUAACUGAUCAGUUAAAUGAAUUAAAAUUAGAAUCAGAACAACGUUUAAUGGAACAUAGAAAAUUAUUAGAGAUACGUUCGAAUCGAAUAAAACAAUUAGAAAAUCAAUUACGUGAUUUAACUUAUGGUACAUUGAAUAAAUACAAGAAUGAUCAACUUUCGAAUGACAAGCUAACAACAGAAGAUGCUUUAAAACCAGGAGAAAGCUUAAUUGAGUUACAUAUAGGUCAAUUAUAUUUGUUACCAUCGUUACUAUCGAAAUAUUAUCCAACAAUAUCAUCUAAUAUGAAUCAUGAUAAUAAUCAUAAGAAUGAAGAAUUCAUUCAAUUAUUUUUAACAUGGGAUUUUUAUGAUUAUGAAACACAAGCAACAUCCAUUUUACUUGUACAGGAUUCAAUUGAUUUCAAUAUGACAAUACAAUAUCCUAUAGAAGUGAAUGAUACAUUCAUGAAUUAUUUAAUUAAGGAACCAUGCACUGUAGAAAUGCAUCAAGUUAUCAAUUCCAAUUAUCGUACUAUCGCUAUUGGAAAACUUAAUUUUUCACAAUUAUUCACUGGAAAAGACGACAUUAUAGAAUUACCUGGUCCUGGUAGUGUUAUACGUCGGCAUGGUCAAUUAGAUUUAUUCCUUAUCUCUACUCCAGAUAAUUCAAUGAAUAGUAAAGAGAUGAAUAAAGUAAAUGAGAAUAUUAAAGUAGGAACAUUAGAUUAUUGGAUACGAUUAUCUGCACCAAUGUCAGAUUCUAUUAAACUUUACAAAGAAAGAUUUCAACAAUUGCCUAAAUCUAUGUCAUCUAUUCAACAAGACCUACUUCCAAUAGAUCCAUUACAGAAUAUACUUACUAUUGAAAUUGUGAAAAUUACCAACUUGACUAAGAAUUAUAUAGAUUAUUUACCAUCUAUUUAUUUUGUAUAUCAAUUUUAUAAUCAAUCAGAAUAUGCUUCCAUGAUAAUGAAAGAGAAUAUAACACCAAUAUUUAAUGAUUGUCGUACUAUUCAAUUAGAAAUGAAUGAUAAACUUGAUAAUUAUUUAAGAACAGAGAAUUUAAACAUUUACAUUGUGGAUAAUGCAGAUCCUUCACCUGAAACAAGUUGUAUUGGUUUAGCUAUCAUUCCUUUAAUUGAUUUAAUUAAUAAAAAUCAAAAAAUUGAUGGUGUAUUUGAAAUAUUCCCAUUAACUGUAUUCACAAAUAAACAACAACAACAACAAUUUAAUCGAUUGGGGAAAUUCAAUCAAAUCGAUAAAAAUCUACCUAAUUGUGGUUUAUUAUAUUUAAAAAUGUAUUGGCAACGACCUUAUACUACUAAUAAUACUACUACCAACAGUCCUAAAACUGUGGUAUAUAACCAACCAAACAUGGAAGAAUCCAAAGAUCUAGAAAUGGAACCAGUGAAACAGGCUGCAGAGAAACCCUACAUAACUCAAUAUGAAUCUUCUAAAGAAACUUACUUACAAUCAAAAUCAUCAUCUGAUGUUUCGUCUACAAGACCUAACGAUAAACUACAUUCUUCUGAUAAUCUAUCACAUAGGUCAGCUAAACAAAAUCAGGAUAAACUUGAUCUAGAUCAAGCCAUUGUUAAAAUCCCUGAAAUAACUGUCAAUAAAUCAGAUAACCAGGUCUCAAUUCAUUCACAUGAUCAUUCAAAGAUCAAUACAAGAACCGAUAAAAUAUUAUCACCUUCGAUACAAAUUCAAUUAGAGAAUUCCGAGGAGAAACUAAUUGUUCCAACUCCACAUCCUAGAACAAGAAUAACUGAGUCACAUGAUCAAAAGAAAUUGAUCAACUUGGAUGUUUCUUCACAGAAAACUACCAAUAAUAACAAUGUCUCAAAUUCAAAACUAUCACCAACUAUUCAAUCCAUCUCUACUAAUGAUGAUGAUAAUCAUGUGAAAAUUGAAUUACAUGGAUUACAAUUAACAGAUUUAUCUAAACUAUCCAAAAUGAAUUCAUCAUUACCGAAUCAAUUAUUUAUUGAAUAUUCAUUUCUUGGUUAUAAAGAACCAUUUGAAACUGGUUCUUAUCCAUUAAUUGAAUGGAUAGAUAAUAAUAAAAAUAUAUUAAAAGCAAAUUUCUAUUAUAGUAAAACAUUUCCAGUUGAUUUUACAAAGAAUUAUGAACGUAGACAAUAUUUAGCAAGUUAUUUAUUACCAGAAGAUCCAAACAAUGGUAAUUUAAUAUUUAUUAUUGUUAGUGAACCAUCUACAUCAACAACACAAUCAGCUGAAUGUGAAGAAAUUGGUUAUGCUAUGAUUAAUAUUAGACAAAUAAUACAAGAUAAUUGUGAUAUAGAUCAUGUAUUUAUUCCAAUUACAGCUGCUAAAACUGUCGAUGGUGGAACAGAGAGUUUAAAUGAAAUCGGUAGACUUUGUGUAUCAUUUUAUGGUUUAUCAGCACUUCGUGCAAUCAUUGCUGAAAUGCCUCAAGUUAAAUUGGCUAUUUAA